CAAAAAUCACUGCGCUCGCUGCAAUCGGAUAUCUCCCACGCAUAAAACGAUAAGCGAUAUUAAAUACUAUCGAUAACACCACAUACGAUAUUUAUUUAUUGAAACAAGUACACCACUGCAUUCUAAAACAAAUUUCGAAAGUUUAAAAAAAAUUAGCUUAGUUUAGUGAAAUUAAGAUGAUAUUGCGCCCAUUGGAACGGGCUUUUUUGCCACGUUCCACAGGCGACGGAGCAUGCUUCCUGCUAAUUGCAAUAUGUGUGCCGCUUACGUACAUGUUUCAAGUCACAGUUAUAAUGCCGGAACUCCACGACGUGGGCAGCUUUUGGUAUACAGCAGUGUGGCUCGCCGGCAUUUUUUUGGUCUUUAAUAUAACGUCAAAUAUGCUGGCCUGCAUGCUGGUGGAUACCUCAAUUAAAUUGCAUAUCCUUAAGCCGCCUGUGGAUUCUCAUCUACUGAGCCGUUGGCAUAUGUGCGAUGCCUGUCAGACGCUUGUGCCACCACGUUCCUGGCACUGUGAGAUCUGUAAUGUGUGCGUCUUGAAGCGGGAUCAUCAUUGCCGUUUCACCUGCUGCUGUAUUGGCCAUCAUAAUUACCGAUAUUUCUUCUAUUUUUUGCUGUACAUGGGUCUGGGUGCCCUCUAUGUGAGCAUCAAUGCCAGCAUUUAUCUGUGGUAUCUGCACGCCGACUAUUACUGGCGUCCGUACACACUGCUCACCGUCUUUGUGCCUGCCUUGAGCCUGACCGUGCACGCCAGCUGGGAGAACUUUUAUGUGGUACUCUAUGAGUUGAAUUUAUUGGCAUUUUGUAUGUGCACAUUGCUGCUCGUUUAUCAUCGGCCCAUCUUUCAGCGCGGCGCCGUCAUGAAGGAGCGCUCGACCAGCAAAUAUGAUCUUGGCCUGCGCGCCAACAUGGAAAUGGUGCUGGGCAAGCGCAUGCACCUGACCUGGAUAUCGCCGUUUGUGCGCAGCGAGCUGCCGCACGACGGCGUCAACUGGGAGCCCGCGACGAAAGAGGAAUGAAUCUUAUUGUACUUUGAUACU